CGCGGCAGCCCGGCUGUCACUGGAAAGACCGCUCAGGAGGGCGCGCUUUCCUUUUUUGGCUGUUUCCCUUAUUCGCCGCCGUCGGGACCGAAGAGAGCGCGUGCGUACGUGUUUGCCCGCUGGUCAACGGGGUCUCCCGCCCAAACGGCUUCACCGCUGAGCUCUUCUGCGGCGGCCCCCGCCAUUUUGUUUCUCCCUCGCUUAGCCCAGCCAACUGCCGUGCCCGAGUUUCGAAUAGGCCCUCAGCCUUCGCUAGGAACAUGGCGCGGUCCCGCCCGGGAAGAGGCCACCGCGUCCUUCGGAAUCUCCCAGCCUUCGCCGGCCGAAAGAAGCGGCCGAGGCCCAUGGCGCAGCAGCGCUGAGGUAAGACUCCAGGCCACCCGUCAUGGAGCCGAGGAGAGAGCGGGAGCAAGGAGCCUCUCGCUUCGGCGCUUGCCCGCCCUCGUUGCCUCAGGGCCAGGCCGACGCCCCGUUUUCGUUGCUGCGGCUCCUCUCGCAGCUGUUGCAGCGCCUCUUGCCCAGCCCGGUCAUUCCUCUCUUUUGGCUUCAGUCCGAGGCCCAUGUCAGCGGGCCAGAGUCUUCCGUGCCAGUGUGGGGAGCUCCCGGCCUGGCUCCGCUUCUUGCCGUCCAGCACCAGCUGCGCUUCGUCUCCUCCUCUCCCCCCUCCUCCGUGCUAACCGGUGCCGAUAAAAGCUCGCUCUCUGGGCCCUUGACUGCCUCCUGGGAAGAACUGUCCGAGGUUCCGUGUAUGCCUUCCAAGCUUCCGGAGAUCUUGCAGCAGGUCCAUCGCCAAGAGACCCAGACUGACCUUGAGGUGCCGGAUCCCGAUUGUGGGUACCACAGUUUGGAGGUAGAGGAACAGCCACGGGAUUCCUGGGCCCCGAAAGACACUGCGGCAUGUCGCGAGGAAGCACAAGAACUCCAAGACCACAGCAAACCGUGUGGAUAUCAUGAGAGGGGGGAUCUCUGUGAGGAGGGAUCCACUGAUGUCAGAUCCAGUACCAGUGAAGACUCUGAUAUAGAGGAAGACCUGUCUGUGGAGGCCAGACCUGUGUGUAGUAACAAAUUGAUAGAUUACAUUCUGGGGGGCGCUUGCAGCGGGGAGGAGAGUGAGGGAGAGGAAGAUUGGGAUGAGGACAAGGAAGAUGAUGAUGGAUUUGACAGUGAAGGCUCCCUCUCCGAGUCCGAUACAGCCAGCCAGGAUGGGGAAAGCAUUCAUCUGUGGAACUCUUUCUGUAGCUUAGAUCCUUAUGACCCUCGAAAUUUCACAGCAGCUGUGCAGACUUCUGGGUGUGCACCUGAGAAAGAACCUAUCACUGACUCAAAUGAGCCAGAGGAAAUAGAAGAUUCUUCCUCUUGGUCUGAAAGUUCCUGCGAGGAAGAUGAAUGGGAAUCUGGUAGUGUAGAUGAAUCAGAAAACUUGAAAUUAUGGAACUCUUUCUCUAAUUUGGGGGAUCCUUAUAACCCCUUUAAUUUCAAAGCACAAUUUCAGACUGCAGAAAAGAAAGGGAAAUGUGACUUAAAAGGACCACCCUGUAUAGGCCUUAGUGCCUCUAAGCGUAGUGUCUUGUUUAGCUGUGAGGUGCGCCUGCUUGAUAACCAAGAUUUUGAGGUUACGGAGAAUGUGAAGUAUGGCAUCCUUUCUAGAGAAAAAUGUGUGAAGAAGAAAAAGAAGGUUACAUUCCUUGAAGAAGUUACUGAGUAUUAUGUAAGCAAUGAGGAAGAUCGCAAAGGACCCUGGGAAGAACUUGCCCGUGAUGGUUGCCGUUUCCAUAAACGAAUACAAGAAAUUGAAGCUGCGAUUGGCUAUUGCUUAACAGUGGAGCACAGGCAACAAAUAUUUAAUAGACUUCAAGAAAGACUUGAUGUUUCCUAGCACCUUAAUAAAGUAUAAAAUUGAAAGGACAA